UUUUAAGUUUAUUUUUUCAUCCAUAGUUUGAAAAAGGCCAUGUUUGCAUAAUUCGCCCUAUAUAGGGGGUUAAUUUGCAUCCAAUUUCCAUCCUCAUUUUCGUGAAAUCCUGCUUGUACCAUUGUUUGCGUCCAUCCUUCAAUUGCCCUUUUAUUUUAUUUAGACCUGUUAAAUUCGCCGGCAAUAAAUCCAAACAAAGUCCCAGGUAAUCGAAAAGGGUUAAUGGGAACUCGUUCGCUCUUCCUUGGUCUGACACGCAACCAAGCAAUGCAGAAUCUCUACCAGUGUCUCUCUAAUUCAACUACUCUUUCCGUAAACUAUAGACAAUGUAUCAGCGAAAAGUUCGCCUUCAGAUUGCUCUCUUCAAGGACUCUGAGAAGCGAAGUACUCGAAGAGUCACCGAAUUCUCCUGAAAACGAUGAUCUGAAGAGCAGGAUCUUCAAGCUCAGACUUCCCAAACGAAGCGCCACGAACGUUCUUCAGAGAUGGGUGGGUGAAGGCAACCAAGUUCACAUUUCUGAGCUUCGAAACAUCUCCAAAGAACUCAGGAGAGCGCAGCGUUACAAACACGCCCUAGAGAUAUCGGAGUGGAUGGUUUCUCAUGAUGAAUUUGAGUUAUCAGAUUCUGACAAUGCAGUUCGAAUUGACUUGAUGACUAGAGUUUUUGGUAUUGAUGCUGCUGAGCGCUACUUUGAAGGUUUACCUUCUGCAGCAAAAACUAGUGAAACCUACACCGCGCUUCUUCACUCUUAUGCAGGGGCAAAACUAACCGAGAAGGCUGAGGAACUCUAUGAAAGAAUUAAGGAGUCAAAUGUACCAUUGAACAUCCUUUUAUACAAUGAGAUGAUGACUUUGUACAUGUCAGUUGGUCAGGUGGAGAAGGUUUCUUUAGUUGUUGAAGAGCUAAAACGCCAGAAGGUUGUACCAGAUCUCUUCACUUACAAUCUAUGGGUAAGUUCAUGUGCUGCAACUCUGGAUAUUGAUGGAGUUAGAAGGAUUCUCAAGGAAAUGAGUAAUAACUCUAGUGCUAAUGAUGGUUGGGUAAGAUACAGGAACCUUGCCAACAUAUACAUCAUGGCAGGUCGUCUUGUAAAUUCAGCGUCCAACUCUGUAGUGGAAGCUGGGACGAAUACUACACAGAGAGACUGGAUAACAUAUGACUUCCUUAUUAUCCUGUAUGCAGGAUUGGGAAACAAAGAUAAAAUUGAUCAAAUAUGGAAAUCUUUAAAAAUGACUAAACAAAAAAUAAAAAGUAGAAGCUAUGUGUGCAUUCUUUCUUCAUAUGUGAUGCUUGGUCAUAUUAGAGAUGUAGGAAUUGUUAUUGACGAGUGGAAGAAAUCUACCACCACGGAUUUUGAUAUCUCUGCCUUCUAUAGACUUUUGGAUGCAUUCGCAGAACUAAGGUUGAUUGAGGAAGCUGAAACUUUUCAUAAGCUUCUGAUUCGGAAGAGCUGCCUUCCCACAGAUGAAUCAAGAUGAGUGCAGAUUUGAUUUUUUAUGCAGCAACGCCCUAUGAGCAGAUUUAUGGUUUUUGCGCGAGGGAAGAACGGUGCAGUUGCGGCACUCACGGGAAAUCCAUACGCCGGGCAGAGUAUCCAAAUAGUGGUAGUUCGGUAUUCCGGUCAAUUGCCUUUUGUUUCCAUGUCCUUGGAAUGUGGAUUGUUGACUAUAAAUCACAAACAAUGUUUCCUUUUAGCUUUUCUAUUUCAAUCAUUAGCUCCAGCCCAUUUUUUGAGUUGACGCUUUUCCAUUAUUUCUGAUCGAAAAGCAGAUGUAAUUUUUUACUAUUUCUGGAUGAGAUUAUUGUAAAUGUCCAUGGUAGUUGGAAAUAUGGAAACUGCAAAGUUAGCACCUGU